AUGGUCUCCAAGUCUGUUUUCGCCCUGGCGGCUGCCACCUUCGCUGGCGAAAGCCUUGCUGCUAGCAUCCACCGCGGCCACGAACACCUUCACGUUGGCAAGAGGGACGCCGUUACCCACGUGGUGACCCAUACUGCAUGGACUACCGUCACCGUCACUCUUGGCCAGAGUGCCAACGCCGCCCCGACCGCCGCCAUCGACAACAACACCAAGGUUGCCAUUUCCAGCUCCAGUACUUCCGUCGCUGCCCCGGCCGAGGCUAGCUCUGCUGCGCCCUCGAUCAACACCGUUGUUCCCAACGUUGCUGUUGUCAACGCUCCUGCCAGCCCGUCUGCCACGCAGAACAGCGCCCCUGCUGCGGCCCCCUCCACCACCACUCCAGAGUCGACCGAGGACAAUGGCUCCAAGGCCACGUGGGUCUACAACUGGGGUCAGCGCGACGACUCUUACAAUACCCUUGAGUUUGUUCCUAUGCUCUGGGGCAUCGACAAGGGUUUCCCAACUUCCUGGCCUGCCAAUGCCCAGGAAGCCAUCAACAACGGCUCCAAGGCAUUCCUCAGCUUCAACGAGCCUGACCUCAAUGGGCAGGCAAACCUAUCUCCUCAGGUUGCUGCUGAGCAUCACAUCAAACUGAUGAACCCCUGGGCCGGAAAGGUUCGCAUCAGUUCCCCGUCCAUUACCAACGCUGGCGAUCCCAACAUGGGUCUCAAUUGGAUGCAGCAGUUCUUCGAUGCCUGCAAUGGACAGUGCAAGGUGGACUUUUUGGCCCUUCACAGCUAUGGAACCGACGGGCCCACCGUCCUCAACCACCUUCUCGAUGCCUACAACCGGUUCAAGAAGCCCGUAUGGGUUACUGAGCUUGGCUUUAAGGGCGAGGCGCCCGAGCAGGACGAAUCCAUGAAAUACGUCCUUGAUCACCUGGAGAACAACUCUACCUUCUCCUUCGUCGAGAGGUUCGCCUACUUCAUGGUUGGAGAGGGUACAAUGUUGAAAGAAGGCCAUCUGACCCCCUUCGCCAAGACAUUUGCCUAUGGUGCUUAA